AUGUCCAAACGAACCUCAUAUUCUGCUCGUCUGCCUGAGAUCAAUCAUGGAUAUUUCAACCCAUACGAGGCUAGACUGUCACCCACACAGCCCCAGGUAAAAACCAUCAUCAAUGACAAUCCAACGGUACCAGACUAUCCGAUGCUCCCCAAUGUGACCAAGCGCUCAUCCUACAACAUGAAACUUGUUGUUGUUGGUGAUGGAGGCUGUGGUAAAACAUGCAUGUUAGUGAGUUAUGCCCAGGGCAAAUUCCCCGAGAUAUACGUACCUACCAUCUUUGAAAACUAUGUGGCGUGCUUCCAGACACCAAAUGGUAAGACCAUCGAAUUGGCGCUCUGGGAUACUGCGGGCCAGGAAGAAUACGAUCGUUUGCGUCCUUUAUCGUACCCGGACGCCGAUCUUAUUGCCAUUUGCUUUGCUGUCGACAACUUGGUCUCGUUGCAGAAUAUCAAAGACAUGUGGUACCCCGAAGUGAACCACUUUUGUCCUGGUGUCCCUGUGCUAUUGGUAGGAACCAAGGCUGAUCUUCAACUGGAAAUUGAUCCAGACUUGCCCAUCCAGUUAGCCACAGAGAUCAAUGCCAUUGGCUAUAUUCAGUGCCUGGCGAAGACAAUGUUCAACGUGAAAACUGUUUUCAACUUUGCCUUGAAUCAUUUCCAGAAGGGAAAGGAAUUCGAAGAGCAAGUGGAGAAGCUGCGCAACCGGAUGUCACGAGUGAUGGGGCUGGGACACAAGCGAAACAGCAGCUCCAAGAGCUUCAAGAAGGGUCAUUUUCCCAACAAGAGCUCCGUAGGUUCGAGUGUGCUUCUUGACACUCCUUUGGUGGAGGAUGACUAUCUGCCCAACCCAUACCAGAACGGUUAUCGUCCACAGGGACGUUACAACGAUGAAGAGUUCGCAUUUACUCGGAAGACGAAAAGCUCGAGAAGGUGUACCAUAUUAUAA